AUGCGCACAGUUCUGGUUCUCCUGGUGCUUAUUUCCACUCGUGUCCAGUUGCAACUCAUCCAAGGAGGUCACAACAUAACUUUCGUGAAAUCUGUCUUGACAAUAAUAAGCAGACGGGAGCAUUGGAAAAACACCCCCAUCUUUAUAGGGAGCAAUACGAAUGCGGAUGAGCUGAAUAGUCUUAUCAUUUGGCUGCAACAUACGAUGAAAGUAACUUAUCACACGGUGGAUACAUCUGGACCAGCCCAAAACGAGUAUCCUCUGGGUCACUACAACAUAAAUGCUGACAAUUCGGUUAGUUUGCUCUUUUGCCACAGCACUGAGGAGUUGAUUUGGUUUAAUCUGGACAGGGGUCUUCGAAAAUUGCGUCAUAUUCGACUGAUUGUCGUUUUGCCCACCAACCGAAAUGAUUCUUACAAUGCCAUAAAGGAUGUAUUUAAGACCCUGUGGCAUUUUCAGUUCCUUAACGUUCUUGUGCUGCACCAGGACCAGAUAUACUCAUACACUCCAUAUCCGGUGGUAAGUUUCUAUAAGCUGGACCUUAACUCAGAUCCGCUAUUCCCUCCAAGUACUCAGGAUUUUCAGGGGUAUGUGGUGUCCACCCCAGUGGAGAAUGAUAUUCCGCGAGUGUUUUUUGUGCGGGAUCAGAAAACUGGAUACAAGCAAAUUAGAGGAUUUGGAUAUCGCACAUUUGUGGAGUAUCUUGCUCGGCACAAUGCAUCGUUGCACGUGAGUAAUCCCCACCAGGAUCAUUCCACCACCAGCAGUGUGAAUAUGGGAAAAAUAAUACAGCAGAUAUGGGAUGGCCAAUUGGAGAUCUCCUUGCAUCCAUAUGUGGACGUGCCGGAGAAUAAAGGAGACCAUAGCUAUCCAUUGCUGGUGGCCACCAAUUGCCUAAUAGUUCCAGUAAGGAACGAGAUAGCCCGCCACAUGUAUCUUCUGCUGCCUCUCAACCAGUGGAGCUGGGUAAUUCUGCUCGGCUCUGUUAUCUAUAUCAGCGGAGUACUAUACUGGAUUCAGCCUGGAUCGGAACAUUGCAGCUGGGAUCAACGGAUUAGCUUAAACUUUCUGGAAAGCAUCAGCCGAAUAAUAUAUAUAUGCUCCUCUUCAAGGGUUUACAACCCAUCCCUGAGGUACUUUUUGGUUUCUUUUAAGCUGGCUAUUCUGGGAUUUGUGGUUACCAACCUGUACAGCAUUCAGUUAGCCAGCUUCUUCACCACUCUGGUAAUGGGUGAGCAGGUGGACAGCAUGGAACAGCUCAUUCAGCAACAGCAAAAAGUACUGGUGAAGUAUUACGAGGUCAACACUAUCCUGCGCCAUGUGAAACCGCAUUUGGUCAAUGGAACAGCCCCACUUUUAGUGGGCGUGAAUGCCAGUGAGCAGGUAUCCGCUCUUUUGGCAUUCAAUCGCAGCUACGCCUAUCCUUUCACCCUGGAACGCUGGGAGUUUUUCUCGCUGCAGCAACAAUACGCCUUCAAACCUAUCUUCAGGUUCUCAUCCGCAUGCCUAGGAUCCCCAAUAAUAGGUUAUCCGAUGCGACGGGACUGCCAUCUGCAGUGGUCCCUUAACAUAUUCAUCAUGAGAAUCCAGGCGACAGGAUUGCUGCAACAUUGGUUCGUAUCCGAUUUCAACGAUGCAAUGCGCGCUGGUUACGUUAGACUUCUGGACAACAAGCUUGGGUUCCAUUCCCUGGAUAUCGAUUAUUUGCGUCUGGGGUGGGCAGUCCUUGCCUGUGGAUGGCUAUUGUCCGCUAUGGUUUUCCUGUGCGAACGCUGGAGGAUUUGCCAUCGUCACUAA